UCAUGGACCUGAUUUUCACACUACUCGUCUUCAUCUCUCUCGCCGCCGCCCUAUGGUUUCGCCGCGCCCUCAAGCGAGGUCCGGGGCUCAAGCUCCCGCCAGGGCCCCUCCCGCUUCCCAUCUUCGGCAACAUUUUCUCACUCGGCCGGAAGCCCCACCAGUCCCUGGCCCGGCUAGCCCAAAUCCACGGCCCCAUCAUGCUCCUUAAACUCGGCAGCCGGAGCACCGUCGUGAUAUCCUCGCCGGAAUCCGCCAGGGCCGUCCUCCAGAAGCAAGACCAAGCCUUCUGCAACCGCUCCACCCCUGACGCCAUCCGAGCCCUCCGCCACGACACCCACUCCGUCGCCUGGAUGCCCGUCGGCGACCAGUGGCGCACCAUCCGCAGGCUCUGCAAGGACAAGAUGUUCUCCGGCCAGCGCCUGGACGCCGGCGGCGGCGUGAGGAUGGAGAAGCUGAAGAAACUGGUCGGACACGUGGACCAGUGCUGCGAGUCGGGCCGGGCCGUGGACGUCGGGAAAGCGGCCUUUACGACGUCGUUGAACCUGAUGUGGGCGUCGCUGUUCUCCGCCGACGCGGCGGAGAUCGGGUCGCACUCCUCCGGCGAGUUCCGCGACAUUGUGAGCGGGAUAAUGGAGCUCAUCGGAAAACCUAACUUGUCGGACUUUUUUCCGAUCCUCCGGGCGGUGGAUCCGCAGGGGAUUUUGAAGAGCAACACGGCUUACUUUGAGAAAUGCUUUGCCGUGUUCGACGAGAUUAUUGAUCGGAGGGUGGAGAUGAAAUCGGCCGGCGAUCGGACGGUGUGGAAUGACAUACUGGAAGCACUGCUGGAAUUCUACCGUGAAGAUCAAUCUGGAUUGACUCUUGAACACGUGAAGCAUUUACUUCUGGAUCUAUUUGUUGCGGGUUCCGACACGACAUCGAGCACAGUGGAGUGGGCUAUGACGGAGCUCAUCCGAAACCCCGACAAGAUGCAAAAGGCUAAACAUGAGCUGAGAACUGUUCUAAGCCUUGACCAACUCGUCCAAGAAUCGGACAUAUCCCAACUUCCAUACCUCCGAUCAAUCGUCAAAGAAACCUUCCGCCUCCAUCCGACGGUGCCGUUGCUGGUGCCCCGGAGGGCGACGGAGGACACAAAAUUCAAUGGCUACAUAAUCCCGAAGAACGCCCAAAUCAUGAUCAACGCGUGGGCCAUUGGCAGAGACACGAGUGUGUGGCAAGAUGCCGAUAAGUUCUUGCCAGAGCGGUUUCUAGAUAAGGAUAUAGAUUUUCGAGGGCAGCAUUUCGAGCUUAUUCCAUUUGGCGGCGGACGGCGGAUUUGCGUCGGGAUGCCGCUGGCGCAUCGAAUGAUUCACAUGAUGCUUGCGAGUUUGGUGAAGGAUUAUGAAUGGAAAUUAGAGGAAGGAAUUAUGGAAGUUGGCAUGGAAGAGAAGUUUGGGCUCACUUUGCAGAAGGCGAUCCCUCUUAGAAUUGUCCCUAACAAGGUGUAAUAUUUGUUGUUGUUGUUGUAAUAUUUUCAAAUUUCUUUUUCUUUUUUCUUAAAUUUGAAUUUGAAUAAGGACAUUUGCUUGUGUUAUGAUUUAUUAGA